ACAUGAAAACCCCCAACUCGCAGGAGGCCGAAGGGCAACAAACCAGGGCAGUGGCAGGACGGGCCACUGGGUCUGCAAACAUGACGAAGAGAAGAGCCUCCCAAAAGAAGCAGAGAGGCAGACCUUCGUCCCAGCCCCGCAGGAACAUCGUGGGCUGCAGGAUUUCACACGGAUGGAAGGAAGGCGAUGAGCCCAUCACCCAGUGGAAAGGAACCGUUCUGGAUCAGGUGCCUAUAAAUCCUUCUCUUUAUCUGGUGAAAUAUGAUGGAAUUGACUGUGUCUAUGGACUGGAACUUCACAGAGAUGAAAGAGUUUUGUCUCUUAAAAUUCUUUCCGACAGGGUGGCAUCAUCUCAAGUCAGUGAUGCAAACCUUGCAAAUACCAUAAUUGGUAAAGCUGUGGAACAUAUGUUUGAGGGUGAGCAUGGUUCUAAGGAUGAAUGGAGAGGAAUGGUCUUGGCCCAAGCACCUAUCAUGAAAGCCUGGUUUUAUAUUACCUAUGAGAAAGAUCCUGUCUUGUACAUGUACCAGCUUCUAGAUGAUUAUAAAGAAGGAGACCUCCGUAUCAUGCCAGAGUCCAGUGAGUCUCCUCCAGCAGAGAGGGAGCCAGGAGGAGUUGUAGAUGGCCUGAUAGGUAAACAUGUGGAAUAUACCAAAGAAGAUGGCUCCAAACGGAUCGGCAUGGUCAUUCACCAAGUGGAAGCCAAACCCUCUGUGUAUUUCAUCAAGUUUGAUGAUGAUUUCCAUAUCUAUGUCUAUGAUUUGGUGAAAAAGUCCUAACUGUUAGGGUAAACUUUGCCACAUUUGUGAAAACAAAUGUGUACUUUGUAGACAUGCAAAAUAAUGUUACUUUUCAGUGUAUUGAAAGCUUUAGGGUCCCUGUUAAUCCGACAUCUUUGCCAGCAUAACUGUUGUUUUGUCCUGAAAAAUACAAAUUUAUGUGGCCAUGA